GUUGCAUGUUAUCGAGGUGAAUUGGACUCGUGCAGCCACGUCAAUGGUCCUUGCAGUGAAGGCCCAGUCAUCAUAAACACAUUGCACACUGAAAUGGACCAAAAUCUGCCCACUCACACAACGGCCAACACGGUGUGACGCCGAAAGAGGCACUCACACAGCGGGUACACCAAUUGAUGAGGCUCACACCAUCACCCAUCACGACCCCAGCGCGGCCUUGAAUUUGUCCUGCAUGCAGCCACACACACACCACACACACACAUCCGUCAAUGUGUGUUGUCCUGUGGUGUGUUGUAUGUGAUAAUUGCCUGCAGGUCGGGGAGGCUGAUAGCGCCCUUGAAGUUACGGGGGAUGUGGUCGAUGAGCAGACGGUCGGGCUUGGAGCCCUUGGAGAUCAUCUUGCACGCCUCUGUGUGUGGACGAGACAACAAUACAUAGCCACCCAAAUGAACGGAUGGGAUGUGCGUGUGUGUGAGAUGGCUUGGUUACUUGCUCUCUGGAUGAAGGUCGCUUGGAUGUCCUGUUGGCGUGCCUUGGCCUCGUCGGUGGUCAGCUCCAGGCACACACAGCAGUCGUCCUCAUGCUCACUCUGCACCUUCAUACCUGACACACACACACACACACACAGAUAAACAAGUCCCCCACCUCCCCUCCUCUCUCUCCCUCCCUCCACCCACCCCCACGCACCAAUGGAGGCGACAGCAACGGCCUUUUCUGGUAGGCCGUAUUCUUUGACCACAAAGGCCUUGAUCUCCUCGUUGAUCUGCUCGCACGCAUAGUUGGCCCCGCCCUUAAUGACCAGCGCCGCAUCACGACUCUGCCAGUAGAUGUCCUUCGCCCCUCCAUCAGCGCUCAUCAGCCAGAAGCCGACAUCGCCCAGGUUGGUGUACCAGUUGUCAGCUGUGAAGGGGUGGGUGGGGCUGUUGGCGUAGCCGGUCAUGAUGUUGCCCCCCCGGCACACCAGCCACCCCGUCUCGCCCUCGGCACUCUCGACCAGGGGAUCGUCCUUGAGGGACUUGACCACCAUGACCUCGGUGAAUGGGUGGUGGGGGCGGCCGAUGUAGUAGCCCUUGUGUGGCUCGCCCGAAGGGGUCGUGUGCUCCCAGCCUCGACGGAAGGCCGCCACGAGGCCCUCUGGUGUGAGGGAGAGGGGGGUGCCCAUCACCUGCAGGCACGUCUCGGUCGACCCGAAACGGACCGUCGGUAGCUUCCCUUGCAGAUGACGCUGCAGCCGACCCACUAAAUGACACACACAGACACAGACACAGAGAGAGACGGUGUGAUGAGUGGUGCCUGCAUCGGCUCUGUCGUCAAGUAGGGCACCUGUGGUUGGCCCGACAGGCGCUGAUCCAAGCAAAAAGAUGACCUGUCUGUGGCUGAGGGUCUCGCGCAGCUUCUCUUGGCUCACUGGGAGAGCCUGUGCGUCUCCUUCGAACAUGCCAUCUAGAAAAUCGAUGUGACGGGACACCAUGGGAGCCACCACCUGACGACAGGCAGCGGACACAGACAAGUGAGGAUGGAUCCAUGUGUUGCGCAGCGGAUCGCUGACACAUACCUUCCAGUCAUUCCCUGUUUCCUUCAACCGCGCUGAUUCGGCCGCAUCGCUGAGCACCUUCCAAUAAGGGGUGGUGUACCUUUGCCAACGCACACACACACACACACACAUGGACACCGGAUCUCACAUCAACCAGACAGACAUCUCAUCGCCCUUGUGCCUGCCCUCUCUUUGCACCUUUCAACAACGUGCAGCAGUGUGUUUGGUCUGCGUAUCGCCCAGUCGCCCACAGCAGUGGAGUUGGUGUGGUGGAAGGGGUUCACCAGCACCACUGUCAGCAGGGUGCUCGGCGACACCUCCAAGAAGCUCUCAAACGUCUUGCGAUUCACCUCGUAGUUGCUGGAUGGACAGAGAACAAGAGCAUCUGUCCGUGUCCGUGUGUUGUUCUCUUCUCGCAUCGCGUCGCAUACUGAUAAGUGAGUCUGGCGCCCUUGGGGUUCCCUGUGGUGCCAGAAGUGAAGAUGAUCUGCAGCAACCGCAUUCAGUCAAUCCAGCUGUGUACCCGCUUCGGGCUUCCCAUCUGACCUACCAUCCUGUCAUCAGCCCCCGUGACGGUGGGGCCGUUGACGCCGUUCGUCACAUCACCAUUCUGAUCCUUUUCCAAGCCAUUCAACCCAGACAAACGAUGUACCUGAGCGAAACAGACACACAGGCAGUCGGGCUCCUGUGGGCCAAGAAAGGAGUGAUGUGUGUCGUUGUUUACUUUGACACCGUCCAUCUGCUGCAGGGCAGCCACGUCUGCCUCCGCGACGCCCUCAUCCACCAGCACCACCUUGCUGCCCGUCGAUGAUAUCUUGUACUUGACACGAUCCAAACUGACCAAAGACGCAGGCACAGACACAGCACGGUGCUCUCCAUGUCCCGCUCUCUCAGCUCUGCCCACCUGUCGGCCUGCCAGUUGACAGUGACGGGCACCAUGCCCGUGAGCACCGCGGCGACUCGAAAGACCACAUCUUCCAUCCUGUUUGCCGUCAUGAAGUGGGUCACCCUGUCGCCGUGUGCAAUGCCGUAGGACCGCAGCGUGUGCGCCGCCUGCUGCGCCAGCCGCCAUAUCGCCCCGCGUGUGUAUGACGUGCACAAAAGAGACUUGUCCUGCAGCAGAAACAGACACGAAAACACGAAAUGCAACGGCAGAUGGCGGCUUUUUUUCGUGACGCUCACCUCCUGGAUUCUCCAAUACGAGAGGAAGGGCGUGUCGUGAUGGGCCUCUGAAAAGGCCUCCAGAUACUCGGCAGCCAUCUCGCAAAUGCAGUCGGGUGACCAAAAUCUUUCGAAUCUGCAGAGAACUUCAGGGAUCAGACUGACGGCAGCAAGAUCUGCAAG